GGGGGGGGGGGGGGGGACUCUUGAGGAAUGGCCUCUGAACGGGACGGAGCCAACUCCACCAGGAAUCUGACCAACCAGUUCGUGCAGCCGGCGUGGCGCGUCGCGCUCUGGGCGCUGGCGUACAGCGCCGUGCUCGCCGUGGCCGUUUUCGGGAACCUGAUCGUGACCUGGAUCAUCCUGGCGCACCGGCGGAUGAGGACGGUGACCAACUAUUUCCUGCUGAACUUGGCGUUGUGCGACGCGUCCAUGGCGGCGUUCAACACGCUCAUCAACUUCGUGUACGCGGCUCACGGAGAGUGGUACUUCGGGGAGGUGUACUGCAGGUUCCACAACUUCUUCCCCGUCACCGCCGUGUUCGCCAGCAUCUACUCCAUGACGGCGAUAUCCAUCGACAGGUACAUGGCCAUAAUCCACCCCCUGAAACCUCGCCUGUCAGCCAAGGCCACCAUGGGAGUCAUCGUCUGCAUCUGGAGUCUGGCCGUGGUUCUGGCCUUCCCUCUCUGCUACUUCUCCACCACCCGAGCUCUGCCCCACAGGACGCUCUGCUACGUGGCCUGGCCCCGCAUGGCCGCCGACCCCUUCAUGUAUCAUAUCGUAGUGACAGUUCUGGUCUACGUCCUGCCUUUAGCGGUGAUGAGCAUCACCUAUACCAUCGUGGGAGUGACCCUCUGGGGAGGGCAGAUCCCUGGAGACACAUCUGAUAGCUACCACGGACAGCUCAGAGCCAAACGGAAGGUGGUGAAGAUGAUGAUCAUUGUGGUGGUGACCUUUGCCCUGUGCUGGUUGCCCUACCAUGUCUACUUCAUUGUGACGGGUCUCAACAAGCGCCUGAGCAAGUGGAAGUACAUCCAGCAGGUUUACCUGUCAGUGCUGUGGCUGGCAAUGAGCUCCACCAUGUACAACCCCAUCAUCUACUGCUGCCUCAACAGCAGGUUCCGGGCCGGUUUCAAGCAUGUUUUCCGCUGGUGUCCCUUUGUCCACGUCUCGAGCUACGACGAGCUGGAGCUCCAGAACACAAGACUCCGGCCAGGUUACCAGAGCAGCAUGUGCACCCUCUCUCGGAACGAUACCAGCAUCCUCAGCAAAGACAAGAGCACUAGUUCUAAUGGAAACAGGUCAAGACUCAACUCUGAGCCUAUUAAUAGACAGUUAGUUGUCUCCACUGUACACACUCCAGCUGAAUGCUGACAGUUAAAAAUAACAUAAAAACAUUAUUUCAAUUUGAUGAAUGUUGAUUCUAGUGUUUUUUGUUGAUUACUAAUGGAGAUGAUACGUUUUGGAAUGGGUGUGGUCAAAUCUGGGCCACCUAUCAAAAUUCAGAAAAAGAGUUACAUACUCUUUCAUAGUUCAAUCCAAUCUGACAUCUAUGAUAUCUAUUGAAUUAAGUGGCCAUAAACCUGCUCAGAGUUCAUAAAUAUAACACAGUCCUUAGAAGGGCAAACUUGCCUUAAACUUCCCAUAUUGGAGGAGGGGAAGGGGGUAGGGGGCAGUUUCCUAAACUUUAGUCUGACGGGGGCCCGACUUUGAAAACACCUUUCCCUAAAGCAACAAUUUUGUUUAUUUUAACUCGACAUUUUUAACUUUUAACUCAAGUAUUAAUGUGAUUAAUUUAUAUUAAAAUGUUCAUUUGUUUUUAAUUGUAAAAUGCUGCUUUUAUUACAACAUUUUAUUUUACUGCAAUUUUGUAUCUUAAAAUGUAUGUAGGUGGGGUUAUUUGUGAAAAUUGGCUAAAUAAUGUAUGGCAAUUCUGCAAAAUCCCCCCAAAAUUAUUUCAAACCGUCCAUAAUUUAAAUAAUGUGUAUGUAAAAAAAAUGUUUUUAGAAAUUGUGUUGCUGGAAGGUUUACAGCAUCUCAUUGACAAAUUUGCUGUAAUACUUUCUAUUUUCCUGAUUGGAAAUUACAUAUGUGCUCAUGUGCUGUACUUUCUUUGGUUGGGCUAUUUGUAUGUUUUAUAUAUUAUUAUAUAUGAUACAUUGAAAUGCUUAGUCAGCAUCAUAAACCAUAUAGUUUAAGCUGCGUUUGACAUUUACUUAAUGUUAUCCUCGCGUGCUAUUACAUAACAUGGUACUUGUAGUAUGUGUAUUCAUUAAAUGCUGUACUCGUGGUAGAUAUACUGUGUAUUUAAUGCCAUCACACCAUUUAAUGCCUUUAAAUCUGUGACACUGAUAUUAACUGAAGCUGGUUGGACGUUGCCUGCAUUUUAUGACCAAAUGUAAAUUCACAAGUGCUUGCUUGCAUUUUUGUUAGUUGGAGAUAGCAUGUGCCAUCUUCAAAUGUACUUUAGAGUUGCGCUUUAGUGCUUGUAUCUGUGGAUUGUUAUGUACAUGAUAAAUGUGAAUACAGUAUGUGCUGUAAUAUUCUGAUAUUUGAUGCAGACUUAAAACAGAGACACAAAUAAUAUUUAUUGUUUAAGCUGAAUUUUGUUGCUAUAUGAUAAAAGUGUAAUGUGAAAGGAGAUGAUUAUUGGGUUACACAUGAAAGACACAUGAAAAGAUGCUCAAUGUUCAGUACUGUAACAUACAUACAGUGUAACAAUUAAGAAGCAAGACAUUACAUUGCAUUAGAUUAAUUUUGCUAACGCUUUUGUCCAAAGCGACUUACAAUCGUUGAUUUUUUUUGGCUCAUAUCAGAAGCAGGAAGCAUUAAGUGCGUAAGGGGCCACGCUGGAUUUUUGUUCGGCCGGUUAAUUUUUUAAUAUAUAUUUUUAAAGCUCCACUCAUACAUCUAAAAGCUCAUGUUAUCAGCUGAGACUGUCUGAUUUUGCAGCACAACUGCAACAGUUCCGAUCUGUCCAGGGUUCACUCAUCUGUAAACUUGUUAAUAAAGGUAUAAAAGACAAACACA